GGCGACUGUGUGGUUCCGCUAGCCACCCUAGUUCCGCACGCUCGUGCGCUCGUCCGUCCUUGAGUUCUCGCGGUAACAGCUGUGAUACAUCGCUUUGAAAACCGCUACCUUCAGCUACAACGAUCAAAAUGGGUCUACAGAUCACAGUGGAACCGGUAGUGUUUCUGUUCUUCUCCACCAUGCAUCUGGAGAUGAGUGCCGUCCAAGACAUUAUAAACACAAAGUGCUGCUUCAGGCACCUCAACACAACUAAUGUUGCAGACUGUCACUCGGCCCAAAACCAGACGCGAACCGACAUCAAAGCCGAAGCCUCCGUGUGGAUUGCUUUCUACUAUGGGACAAUGUCUGUACUGACUCUAAUCUGUGGUAUGUGGGUUGGAUCGUGGAACGAUCGCUUUGGUCGCAAGCGGCCCAUGCUUGUCCCCCUUGUUGGUGGGAUGGCAAGCGUGCUAAACUUCAUUUUUCUGUCGCACUACCUCGACAGCAGUGUGUCGCUUGUAAUGAUCAGUGCAGUACUAAUUGGCAUAUCUACCGGAAGUUUGGGAAUAAUAUCCAGCUGCUUUGGCUAUCUGACCGAUGUGACGCCCUUCCAGUCACGUAGUCGACGAAUUUCAAUACUGGAAGCCAUGAAUUUCACUGGAGGAGCAUUUGGAAUGUACCUCGUUGGAGGCCUGCUCAAGUCGACUACUUAUGAAGUGAUCUUCCUAGUUGAACUCUUCAUCUAUGCUGUUGCCGUCUUCUACGUUCUGCUUGUCAUCCGCGACAAAGUGCCCACAGAUGCAAGUGGUGACAGUGGAGUGGAGCAUCCUGGAAUAUUCUCUUUUCGGCAUGUGAAGGACAUGGCAAUGACUGUGUUCAGGCUGCGAGACCAUGGGAACAGGGGCCAUAUCAUUCUGCUGCUUCUUGCUGCUUUUGCGAUGUUCUAUGGCCUAGCAGCCCAGAUCUACUUGACAUACACAUUCUUGACCGACGAGCCACUACGCUGGUCAGCAAGUCAUUACAGUUUCCUGCAGGGAGUCAAUAUUGCUGUGGAAGGUGUAGCUCUCCUGGUGGUGCUGCCUUUGGCUUACCGCUUCUUGAAUAUUUCUGAUGCUUUUGCUGGCCUCCUUGGAUCAAUUUCAAGGUUCUUGGGUCUCUUGUGGCUUGGCCUCUGCACAACAACAUCCAUGGUGUACUUCAUUCCUGUACUUUUCGUCUUCAGUGAGUUUACAAGCCCUUCUAUACGUGCACUCUUGUCAAAGAUCGUAGCUGUCGAUGAAAAAGGCAAAGCUUUUGCGGUGAUGAGUGCUCUGCAGUCAUUUGCGAUGUUCACGGGGUCAUUGCUCUUCAAUGGUCUCUACCCAGCCACGUCAAAGUUUUUUAAAGGCUUUGGCUUCGAAUUUGCUGCAGCUCUGCAACUCAUUCCCAUAGGAAUACAAUACCUGUACUUCCGAUUCAGAAGAGAAGCACCUUAUGCUGAAAUCGAGGGGGAAAGCAUGAGCUCCAAUAUUGUGGAGAGUUGAAAGACCUGGCAAAGGCAUUGCCAGUUUCACGCUUUCUGCUGACAAGCGUCACACUUAGGAGCGUGCAUGUUUGCAAAGGAGAGAAGUGCCAUAUUAUCCUCAACUUAGCACUGGUGCAGCAGCAGCGUCCUGGAUUGUGGGGGGGCCUCUGUGAAGUUGCCCCUUGUAUGGUUGAUGGCUGCGAACUGAAGAAAAGCAUUGAAAGCUGUCAGUAUCCCAGUAUGGUAUGGCCUUCAUGGUUAUGAUGUAAUCAGAAAUGUACUCUAGAAGCAAGGACUUGGGUAAUGUGGUUAACAUAGAAAGCUGAAUUCAUUUGCAGCUGGUUGGGCCUAGCAACAUGCCUGCUGUUGAGUUCGAGCACCACAUCCCUUAAACACUCGGUGCUCGUUGAGGCAGGCACAGAGGCAAAUGUUGCAAGGUAACACUGUUAAUUUACUUUUUAUUCACAGCUGACAGGAAAAAAAGUUCUGUACAUCUCCUGGAGUAUUUAAUUUUGUUUUCAACGAACAAUUUGUGUUGUUCUGCAAUGGCAUCAAAGAUGUUUUAUUUCCAAAGUAGUCAAGCCGACAUUAUACUGCACAAACAGGGAAGUAUUUGAGUAAAUGCUGCUGAAUUACUUUAAAGGGAUGUCAAUAAAGCUUAUAUCAGGCACGCAGGUGGGGGGGGGGCCUGGGACCCCCCCC